AAGUUGAACUCUCCUUCGUUUCAAUUCAACUCCUUAUACUUCAAUCAAUAUGGGUGAAGCCAAGAAAGUAGUUGUGAAGGUGGAUGUACACGAUGAUAAACAGAAAAGGAAGGCUUUGAAGGCAGUUUCAAGUCUUUCAGGGAUCGAGUCCUUAGCUAUGGACAUGAAAGACAAGAAAUUGACGGUGAUCGGUGAUGUUGAUCCGGUUUGUAUCGUCGGAAAACUUAAAAAACAUUGGUACACAGAGAUAGUGACCGUGGGACCAGCCAAAGAAGAAAAGAAGAAAGUUGGCGAUGCUAAGAAAGACGGUGAUAAGAAAGAUGAUGAGAAGAAAGACGAUGAUAAAGAUAAGAAGAAGGAGGAGGAGGAGGCUAUUAAAAAAUUGGUCGAAGCUUAUAGGGCCUACAAUCCUUGCAUGACACAGCAUUACUGUGUCCAGAGUGUAGAAGAGUAUCCCAAUAGUUGUGUUAUUUGCUGA